ACGUUAAUAUGUAUCUGUAUAGUUUUGUUAUUCUAUAUCUUUAAAAUAUACGAAUUCUAUAAAAUAUUUUGAAUAAUUUUUAAAUAAAUAGAGUAGAGUAAUGGAGUUAUCCCAUAGUCCCCAUGAUUCCCAGUGGCUUCGUAUAGCGUUCCCCCAUUUAUCAGAUAACCUGACAACACUCGCCGGUGGACAGGUUCCCCCAUCGUUGAAAAUUGAAUGAGUGCCGCCGUGUAAUAAUUCAAUUGCCACUAAUUGAGGCAGGCACAAAAAAUAUUCUCGGAUUUUCUUAUGGAGCCAAAGAAAGGAAAACAGUGGACAGAAUAUCAUGUACCCGAGCAAUGUUGAUGCCUGAUGUUGAUGCGACGUCAAUUUGCCAAAUGUGUCGCAUCAAGUUUCAUUACGGGAGGAAUCUGAAUCUUUUGGCUGUUGCCAGUUGGGGUAGCCAACAAAUAAAAAACAAGUACGGUGAGAUUUACGGCGUACUUGCAGUUCGUCACGUUGAAGAUGAUGAUCGCUCAUGAACCUUAUGUUGACCCAUUUGGAAGGCAACGCAUUUGCAUCUGCACCUUGGAGAGGCCAUUACAAUGUAUCUGAAAAAUAAUAGGUACAGCUUUGUCAAGAACUUCAAAUAUAUUAAAAUUUAAAAAGAUAAAAAAAUGUCGUUUGUGAACCUAUCAGAUGUGCAAUGCUGCAGCAUGAAGACAAAUGUUUCAGCCAAGGAGACAUGCUUUAGGAUUCAAAAUGAAUUUAGUUGCAGGAUGCUGGUGCAGUAUAUAGACUAUUUACAAAUCUGCUUCUGCUACCUGGGGAUUUCCAAUACAAGAGUCCUUGGCUUAAUCGCAAUAGUCAUGUUGCUAAUCAUCUUCGCCCUGUUGCAUGUCCUGACUAAGUUUUUCUUUAUUCCCAAUUUUAUUACUAUUAUUCAGUAUGCUCCGAUGACUAUUUUCGGCAACUGUUACCUCUUAUUUGGACUGUUCUUCAUAAUGCCAUACUACUUGGGAGACUGGCCCAUUUGCAAUUACCAGACGGGGAUUCUUUGCGCUCUGCAGGUUUCCAAGCUAUGUGGCGACACUUUGAAGUUCUUUGUGGUGGGGGUGCUGGUUAUCUGUGUCCAAGGACAUCGGGUGGAUGGCGUUACCCUGUGGUCCUCCAUGGUCUUCCUAAUGAUAAUGAUGGGCUAUUUGCGCAAAAUGAUCGCUGUCAGAUACAAAAUGGUGGCCUAUGCCGUUUUCGAUACUCCCUACCAGCACUUGUACCUGUUUAGGUCUAUGGUGUUCGGGUUCACCUUUAUUUUAGUCCUUAUAAUGGUGUUUGUGGUGUCGCAUGAAUCUUACAAAAGGAGGAUGUCCAGGCUAUCACUAGACGUUGAGACCUUUUCAGACAUAGAUAGUGAUGAUGAGAUACUGGGCGAUUACCAAAAAAUGCGUAUUUUUUCGGCAAAAUUUUUGUGGUGGAACUCGGUGGACGGAAUGAAAAAUUUGCAAGAUUACUACACGCCCUUGAAAAUUAUUAUGAUACCGCUCUAUGUGCCGUUGGCCCAUUUCAUUCCGGUUCUUACCGACAGACGCUUUCUCCAUGGCUGGAGCAAGUACGUUGUCUGUUUAAGUUUGAUUUUGUUCCCGUUCGUGUGUCUUCCAAUUUGCUUCAAUGGCACCAUCUGGCUCAUGAUACUUACAAUUAGCUGGUUCUGCAGUGCCCUGGUCUUCAUCUCCACCCACACCUUGCGACGGCCGAACUUUAUUUGGAUGUUCGCUCUUAUCGGCAUACUGAUUAGUUCUGUGUUCAUGAGUCUGCUGAGUCGCGAGGGGGAAAACAUCAUUUGGCAGUAUAUCCGGAUUCGAUUCAAAAUGCGGCCCGAUCACAUACCCCUGAUGUACUUUGGCAUAUGCGAGGCCUUCUGUUUGGCGAUUGUUGUCAACGACCUGCAGCAUCGAAAGCUGUCGGAUGCCUCCUUUGGAGUGGUGGCGAGCCUCCUCACCUAUACCACUUGUUCGAUUUUUCCUUUUUUGUACUUCCAGGACUGCUACACUCCUCAAAACGAAAUAGUUAUAACGGCUGAGACGGAGACGUGUGUGAAGUUCUUAUACCUUUUCUUGACCACCACUGUGCUGCACGUCUCCAUGAGUGGCUACGAGUUCCGAAUGUCCCUAUUUUUUUAUUUGGUUGGCAUGACUGCCAUUUACUUGAUAUACUCGUGGAUGAUGCACUAUGACUGGGUUGAACCCCUUGCCACAUUAAAAAGACACAAUUGAUUUAAUUUA